AUGGCGUCCUUCCUCGCAGCAUUCAACGCAUCUCUCAUCCGGAGACCCAUGCUCACGCAGUGCGCCGCCUCCGGCGUCAUGUUCGGGAUCGGCGACGUGCUCGCCCAGCAGGCGUUCGAGAAAAAGGGCAGGGAUCACGAUUUUGUCCGCACCGCGCGCACAGCGUUCUACGGAGGCUGUCUCUUCGGGCCUCUCCUCACCAAGUGGCUCGGACUCUUGAACCGGAUACAGGUCAAGUCGCCCGUCAAGUCCGUCAUCUACAAAGUCUACCUUGACCAGACGGUCUUCACGCCCGCUGUGAUCGGGUUCUUCUUCGGCUCCAUGACGCUCAUGGAGGGCAAGUCCAUCGCAGCCGCGCAGGAGCGCAUCGCCCAGUCAUACGUGCCCACCCUGCUGCGUAACUGGUGUGUCUUCGUGCCCACGCAAGUCAUCAACUUCGCAUUCGUUCCCGCGCACCUGCGCUUCUUCACCAUCGGCGUGGUCGCGCUCUUCUGGAAUGCAUAUCUCAGCGCGGUCAACGCUAGAAACGCACCAGCUGCGGAGAGCCUGGUCGCCAAUGUCAACGACACAAUAACUACCGCCGAGCUCAAGGCGUUCUAG